AUGCAAACUUCAGCUGAGACUACAUUGCGAUAUCUCCAACCUCUCAAGAAAUGGGAGGAUACCAAGCCAUUCCAAAUCGUUGGACGAAGACCCCCGGGUCAGCCGCGGGAUAACCUCGAACAUGAAUCUCACUCUGUGAAUAUAUUCGAUAUCAGAACCGUGAAUAUUGCGCCUGAAUUGAACACGACUGGCUUCCAGUGGAUCAAGGGUCCAAUGAGCAAAUGUCUUGGAAGUCAAAAUGAGAUCAAUGAUCAUAUGGAGAGAAUCGAAAUUGUCUUGAAAGAUUUGCUUGGAGCUAAGGGAGUUUUCACAUUCCAAUAUCAAUUUCGCAAACGUGGCUCCAACGAUGGAAACCCCCGAAUAAGGCCUGUUGAGUCGCCGGCCCUUGUAAUUACAGUGAAAGAUAGGCUGAACAUCCCAGACAUCACCAGCAACGCCAUCGAAGAACGCAUUCGAUUCAGCUUUCCUAAUGAGGCCGAGGAGAUAUUGAAGGGACGGUAUAGAAUGCUGAGGUAA